ACAAUGUUCAGGAGUCAGGAGGUGUACGCUGACUGUCACCAGACAAUGUCGCUGGACUUGGAAUCCCAGAGUCAUCAUUUCAGAGACCAGUGAUAAUUAGUGCAUGAAGGGGAUGGUGGCAUUGUACCACUAGAUCUUGUGAGUCCCUCAGAUGAAAUAAGGGUGAAGUUGUCAAAAGGAACUGCGAUACAGUCAGCCUUUCAGUAUGCCACUAUUUCAGGAUUUGCAAAGUUCCAGAAUAAUAUGAUUACUCCAAGCUUGAGGAAGGAAUGUUUACGAACAAUUACCUCUAGGACUUCUAAAUCAGAUAUUUCUAGUCCACUAGAGCUACUUGGUAGAGAAUAUCCUAGAGACAAUUACACCAAUGUGUCAAGUAAAAUCCUUUCUUUGGUUGGGAAGAACUUGCAUAACCAGAAGUACCAUCCAUUGUGGCUGAUAAAAGAGAGAAUCAAGGAACACGUUUACAAGGAGUACAUAGGACGCUUUGGAAAUCCUCUAUUUUCUGUGUAUGAUAACUUGUGCCCCAUUGUCACAACAGAGCAGAAUUUUGACAGAUUACUAAUACCUUUGGACCAUCCUAGUAGAAAAAAAGGAGACAAUUACUAUUUAAAUCAUACUCACAUGCUCCGUGCUCAUACCUCAGCCCAUCAGUGGGAUUUGAUGCACUCUGGACUGGACGCAUUUCUGGUAGUGGGGGAUGUUUAUCGACGUGACGAGAUUGACAGCAGCCAUUACCCAGUGUUUCAUCAGAUGGAGUGUGUCCGCCUGUUCUCAAGCCAUGAGCUUUUUGCUGAAGUGGACAAUAGGGAUGGGUGCCAGUUGUUUGAGCAAGGUUUUCACACGCCUAAGAAGCAAGAGACACACACGCUAGAAGCUAUGAAACUAGUGGAGUUUCAGCUAAAGCAUACUCUUUCUAAACUAAUCACUCAUCUGUUUGGUGAAGGACUGAAAAUUAGGUGGGUAGAUUGCCACUUUCCCUUUACUCACCCGUCAUUUGAGAUGGAGAUCGAAUUUCAAGGAGAGUGGAUGGAAGUCCUGGGGUGUGGAGUCAUGGAACAGCAGCUGGUGAAUUCAGCUGGUGCUCAUGACAAAAUUGGAUGGGCAUUUGGUCUUGGAUUAGAGAGACUGGCAAUGAUUCUGUACAGUAUUCCUGACAUCCGCUUGUUCUGGAGUGAAAGUGAGCUCUUUCUAAAACAAUUCCGUGUGUCUGACAUCAACGAGAAAGUGCAAUUUCAGCCAAUCAGCAAGUUUCCUUUUUUGAGCAAUGACAUUUCAUUCUGGCUUCCCAGUGAAGGAUAUUUGGAGAAUGAUUUUUAUGAUCUGGUUCGUAGCGUGGCUGGAGAUAUUGUGGAAGAAGUGUCCUUGAUUGACCAAUAUAAACAUCCAAACCAGUCAUUUGCACACAUCUCUGUCGGCUGCAAGAAGAAUCGGCCUUCUGCAGUGAUGACGCAGCUUCUGCAUACAAUUGAAUCUGACCCACAAUCAUUUUUUGAAAUUGAAUACAGUGCUUCCUCUUCACCUGGUCAGUUUACCAAAUCAGCCAUUACAGUUAUCUAUUGAGUCCGGGACACCAGACUACAAAGACCAGAAUGCAUUGAGAUAAUUGCGCUGACACGAGCGGCCGAUACGUCAUUUCCGCUUCCGGUUUCGGCGGAAAUACCAUAUUGUUAUGGUACACAGCUAUCCAUUAAGUCCGGGACACCAAACUACAAAGACCAGAAUGCAUCGGAAAAUUGCGCUGGCAUGAGUGACCGUGACGUCAUUUCCGCUUCCAGUUCCGGCGGAAAUACCAUAUAUGGACCUCAAAUUCGAUGCAGAGAACUACGAAUCCCAUAAGGCCAAGCGUGACCAGUGCGAUUGAUUAAGAAUGAAUGCUUCUGUGCCAAAUAUAUGAAUUUUAUGGAUAUGUUUUUAAUAACAUCAUUUAAACUGCAAUGUAUUCUAUAUCUUUUAUGCCUUUUGCUCAUAAUGUGAUGAUUAAUGAAAUUAAGGAACAGGAAGUUGGCUAAUUGACGGCAUCACUUCCUGCUACUCACAGAUAGGCCAGUGGCCUUAUAAAUACCUAGUCUCCUCACAGUUCAGAUAUGUCUCGACAAAGGUCUCACGACCGAAACGCGUCGACAUUAUCUGGACUGUGAGUAGCAAGAUUUCCAUUUUUCUUUCUCAAGUAUUUUUUAGCGGUUAAUAGAAAAUAUUUUUUAUGGACUUUUAUUGUUUUACAUUGAACCUGGAUUUU